CCUUUGAACAUCAACAAAAAGUGACUGAACUCUUGUGAGAUGGCUUCGUGAGCACGGCGGUUUCCUUUUAAUUCGGUGGAAAUACUGCUUUACUACGAAUGAGGUGUUUCAAAUAGUGCGCUUUGUUCACCCGGAAGUGCAAACUUCAUAAAGAUAAAGUGAAUAACAACCCGUCGCCAUGCACCUGUCACCGAGAACGUGAAAACAAGUUUCUAAUUGGACUCUCCGGUCACGGCGAGUUCUAAGUUUUGUUGCUUUUUACGUUUUCCACACCCCGGCGCCGUCAGAUCGAAACUUGAGUGUGUGCCACGACUCGACAUUAAUGAUAACAAAAAACAUGUUCGUCUAUUGAUUUUCACAUAAAUUCUACCUCGCUCGAGCCGCGCGGAUACUUUUGCUAUCCAUCGCGCGUGCAUUUUGUCUAGAACUCAUUUCGCAUUUUCGGAAGUGUGUGAAUCGAAAAGAACGCGCGACGGAAUGUCGUUUGGAUUAAUGUCUUCGCUGUGCGAUUUUUGUUUUGUUUUUAGUUUUCCCAAAUUAGUUUUUCGCAAUUGCGUCUACAAUGGAUACGGAAUCCGUCAAGUCGGAGCAUAGUGGACGGUCGAGGAGAUCUCGCAAUCAGAACGCCAGCAGCGGAACGGGUCCUGGAGCCGGGGGACUGGCAGGUAGCGUAGUCGGUGGAAACUCAGGCGGCGGAGGAUCCUUUAGCUCGACACCGACAAUCGGCGGCGGAAGCCACCACCAUCGAGACCGGGAUCGAACCAGGCACUCGCAUCGAAGCAACAAGAGCAAGCGGGGCGGCGACAUGGCACCUUUUCAAACGAGCGUCAACCUAACAGGUGACGAAAAUCGAGAUGGGCAGGAAAUUAUCGAAGUUCAAAUCCUUCCCCAGGAUGAAAAUUGGGGCGAAAACACAACAGCCGUCACAGGCAACACAUCGGAACAGAGCAUAUCAAUGGAAGACGUAAACAAAAUAUGGCAUAGAGAGAACGAAUCAGGAUUAGGAUUUGCAUGUCGACGUUAUGUCGAAUCGAUAUUUUCAUUAGUAUUAGGAUUUGUGGCAUUCUUUUCGCCUGUGGCGAUGGUAAUGCUCCCAAAGUUGGGAUUUUUCACGUCAGCAUUCGAUCAUGGUGACUUAACACCAACCGAUAAAGCAAAGCUAUUGGCAUGCAGCAGUGAGUGUAAGGGAUUGUUGGUGUCGCUUACGGCAAGACUGAUUUUAUUAGCAUUAGGAACUUGGGCUCUGUUCCUUAGACGAUCGGUUGCAACGAUGCCCCGAAUUUUUCUAUUCCGGGCGACUGUUCUGUUGUUAAUUGUGGUGUCGACGUUUUCCUACUGGCUUUUCUAUAUUGUACAAGUGACGAAUGGUUCGAAGAUUAUUGUCGAGGGGGGAGAAGCAAUCACAUAUAAAUCGCUAGUGGCUUAUGCAACAAAUUUUGUUGAUACGCUACUAUUUAUUCACUAUAUAGCGGUUGUGUUGCUUGAACUCCGCCAUCAGGAGCCAGUGUAUUAUAUCAAAGUUAUCCGCUCACCGGACGGAGUGAGUAAAUCCUAUUGUAUAGGUCAAUUAAGUAUUCAACGUGCUGCGGUGUGGGUCUUACAAAGGUACUACGUAGACUUUUCAAUCUACAAUCCUUAUUUGGAGCGUAUUCCUGUCUCGAAAUCCCAACGAAAGCAUUCGUCUAGCUUUAAGUAUUAUGAAGUUGAUGGAGCUAAUCCAUCCCAGCAACAGAGUCAGAGUCGGGCUGUGUUAGCAGCCAAUGCUCGCCGUCGUGACUCAUCACAUAAUGAACGAUUCUAUGAAGAACAUGAGUACGAACGCCGCGUAAAGAAACGUCGAGCUCGUCUUAUUACGGCCGCUGAGGAAGCUUUCACGCAUAUCAAACGUAUCCACAAUGAACCAGCUCCUGCUAUCCCGCUGGAUCCUACCGAGGCCGCUCAGGCAGUUUUCCCAUCAAUGGCACGAGCACUUCAAAAAUUCUUGCGUGUUACUCGACAGCAACCUCGUCAUACUUUCGAAAGCAUCCUGAAACAUUUGUCGAAUUGUUUGAAACACGAUUUGUCGCCCAGAGCAUUCUUGGAGCCCUAUCUAACGGAAUCACCGGUUCUACAAAAUGAAAAAGAGCGUCGUUCAGUGCAGUCUUGGUCACUUGUCUGCGAGGAACUUCUGUCGCGACCAAUUUCAAAUGAAACUACAUUUCAGUUGAUACAGUGCGAUGUAUCGCUGAUUGUCACCGUGCAUCGUUUGCCGCACUUCAAUGUUUCAGAGGAGGUUGUCGAUCCGAAGAGCAAUAAAUUUGUUUUGAAGUUAAACUCGGAGACAUCGGUGUGACAAAAUGUCACACAUUCAUUCGCAUAUAAACUGAUCGAAUGAAUGAAAAGCACCCCUGGUGAAGUUUAGGAACUGGAAAGACAGUUUAGUGGAGUGUGAACAUUGCUGGCAUUGGUUUGAAUUGGAGGCUUUCAAAGUCAAAGUUCUCUGAUUAGGAAUAGAAUACAAAAGGACUCCGCGUUUGUUUGAAUGCGAAAACUAUAACACAUCGUUCAAUAAGUCCCGGGACUAACUAUGAAAACAACAUUUUAUCGGCAAAAUACUUUAUUAUUCAUCAACAUAAUCUCCUUCAAGUGUAAUACAAUUAUUUGAACGCUUCUCUAA